UUUCUUCAACAUGAUUGCCAGAGAGAUAAUCCGCGACCUGGGGGAAGACCCUGACAAGGUUUGCAGACGCAAGGACCACGUUGUGCUCAAGCUGGAAAAACCGUGGCUACCGUCAUUGUCCUCCUCGUCUGCAUCUUCGACACCGAAACUCCCGCAGGGCCUGUCUCUCGAGCGACAAAGGCCACCUCAUCACCACUACCGCCAACGCAUUCGUCGAGAACCACGGGCUUCCUCAGUGACCACCGUGUGGUGGCUGCCCUGUUUUCCGGCUGUGCUUCGUUCGACGAGUGCCGGCCGUUGGGCGCAGCUGCGGGACUUGUACUGUACAACGUCAAGGACGCUCGUGGUCGUCCAUAACCGCGACUUCGUCCGCACCCUGAUCGAUCUGUUCCGUUCUGUGGAAACGCUCGUCCUGCAUCAUGACCUGCGACUACAGAUGCCGGGAGAUGCCUGGCGUGACAUUGGCGGGGCUCAUCCGCAACUGAACCGGCUCAUCGGUAGCACGCCAGCGUUGGGGUCGCGCAACUUGUUUUUAAGUGCGGCGACUAUUUGUGGCCUGCUUGGCGAUUGUCCCUACCUGUGUGAGCUGCAGACAUCUUUGCACGAGAUCCUGAGCCCAGCCAAUUCGCUGGCGAGCAUGCUACUGGCGGCACGCCCCUCUCUGCACACGUCGUGGAGCCUCAUACUUGGGGCAGACGUGGAGCGAUACGACGGCAAAACUGGUGCCGUCUGGGACAUAACGCCGGAGCACGUGUUCCAAACCAAGAAGUUCUUCCCCAGCUUGCGGCGCAUGGAGGUUACUACAACUCACAGUCAGACUAUUGCUGCAAUCGGGGUCUUUGACCAGCUCACCGACCUCUCACUGAUGUUUAUCGCACAAGGCACGCUGUGCUCGUUCCAAGGGCCUGUCGAGGACACACUCAAAAACCUCCCACUGAAGCACCUGUCACUCAAGUUCUUCAAGGAUGUCAGUCUUGCCGCUGUCGCCAAGCACUGGCCAAGCCUGGAGACCCUGUCGCUGCCCGAAUGCUCAGUCAUCGAGAAUGACGCCGACGACCUCAUUCCCGGAUCGUUCGCAGGACUGGUAAAUCUGCGACUGGGAGCGGGCAUUGCGAUUCCCACAUUCAAAUCGCUGCUCGGGGCGACAAGGCGGCUCAUUUCGCUCUGCCUCGAUGCGGACCUUCUUGUGACAUCAUUUGUCAGCCACUGUUCACAUGGCUCGCUGCCGCGGCUUGAACGCCUAGUGCUCCGCACCGAGCACACACUGAAGGUGCUCUGAUCUGACAGUAAAAGCUUUGCAGUUCCUGGUCGAAGCCCUGCCUGCACUUCGAUACGUGGUUACCGACAGCUAUGACCUCCGGUUAUUCUUUGAGAACAUUAUGCCACACGUGACGCUCGACUGGACCCAGUGCACGACAUGCCCCGCCGAGUUCCCACGCAUCGACGAGACUCAGAGGGAAUUUCUGGCAGAAUGCGAUGACUCCAAUCAAGGGAGGGAAUGAAUGGUGGCAUCAAGUUGGCAUGCUUGACCGGAAAUGAUGUGGAGCAGUAAUCUUGGUGUCCUGAUAAUGCACGUAUCUUCCUGGUCAUCAUGUGCUCCAGCCCUGGACAUUUUGUUAGAUAUGUCUGAUUGGUCAAUACGACUGAUCAUGGGAGACAUGUCUUUCUUUUCUCCUGUGUCUUUGCACUGCCAAUUUCGAAACCAGUAUAAUGAAUGAAUCGCUGAGAAAAAUAAUAAAACAUGCAAACGGAAUCUCA